AUGAGUUCAUAUGAUAAUUUUACAAAUUUGGAUAAUGGAUCUCAAAGUACAAGAGAUUCACUAGGCUUUGGGGAAUACGUGAUCUCUUCAGUUUAUGCGCUUAUAGCCUUCAUCUCGGUCACAUCCAAUUUAAUGUUUUGUUUGAUCAUUUACAAUUAUAAGAAAAAAUCAUCAACUACAAAAGCUAUAGAAUAUCUCUUCAUGAAUUUAGCUAUUGCCGAUAUGAUAGGAGGCAUAUUAUUGGUAAUUGUACCUGGUUUCGUUAUUCCUAAACCCAUCUAUCCUAUUCCUCAUGUUGGGCUUGAUGUAUUUUGUAGUCUAAUUUGGUCGAAUAGCUUAUUUUUUUUGGCAGGUUUUAUUUCAGCGUGGACAUUAUUAACCAUUAGUAUCGAUCGGUGGUGUGCUAUUGCUAGGCCAUUUUCUUACAAAGAGUUUUGUACUAAAAAGAAAAUGCUCAUUAUGAUCGUAAUAAUAUGGAUUGCGAAUAUUGGCUUAGAAAUACCUAAUAUCUUAAGCUUUACUGCUAAUCCUAAUGGCACUGGUUGUCAAUCAUCUAAUUGGGUAGGUUCUAUUGAUCGAAAGGCCAUAGUUACAGUAGUCCAGCUCAUUCGUAUAUUUAUACCAAGUUUUAUUAUCGCGGUUGUUUAUAUGGAUAUUGGAUGGCGAAUACUUUUUGCUGGUUGUCAUAAAAGGAUCAGAACUGAUAGUAACCUUAGUGCGAAUAUCAAUCACACUUCUCAACGCGAUGCUCUUAUCCGCAAGCAAGUAACUAUUAUGAGUUUCAUAGCUGCAAUUGUUUUCUUAAUUUGUUGGCUGCCAAAUGAAACUUAUUAUACAGCAGCAUUAUACCAUCCAAGGUUGUUUAAAAAUGUUACUUUUCGUCGCGUUACCAAAUUGCUAACGGGACUUAAUUCAGCUCUUAAUCCUUUAAUCUAUGCAAUUUCCAAUAAAUUUUAUCGUCAGGCAUUUAUGGAAUUACUUCGCUGCAGAAUAUCUAAAAUAGGAGCAGUGAAGAAUCCGCUAUAUUUCCCCGUAUUCGUCUCGCGCCAUACUGCUCUCGUUAAACCAUCAGAAAUUGGAAUAUGA